AUGGUCUUAAUCCGCUCAAUUUUUCUCUGCCUCCAAGCCACGGCAGUGUUCUGCCACCAGGUGUGCCGCGUCGUUCCUGGUGACCGAGGUUGGCCAAGCGAGCAGGCUUGGAACCAAUUAAACAAAACGGUACUCGGGAGGCUCGUGGCGACGGUUCCCGCUGCGUCCCCUUGCCACGACCCAAACUACGACGAAGCCGCCUGCUUGGCCAAGAAAGAACAGUGGAACUUAGCUCAGACGCAUCUCUUGGACUAUAAGAGCCUCGAGUACGAGGGCCCAGCGAUGAAGUUGGGCGCUGGCGUGCUAUCAGGAGAAGCGGCCGUGGCCGCGCAUCAAUACGGAUACCGUGUUGUUAGCGGCGGUUGCCCGAGCGUUGGUAUUGUUGGCGGCUACACUCAAGGUGGAGGACACUCCAGUUUGAGCGGCCUCUACGGGCUCAGUGCCGACAAUGUCCUGGAAUGGGAGGCUGUCACAGCAGAUGGUCGACACCUUAUUGCCACUCCAUCGCAGCAUACGGAUCUCUAUUGGGCGCUCUCAGGGGGAGGCGGCGGCAGCUUCGGCGUGGUCUUGUCCAUGACUGUCAAGGUGCAUGUGGAUGGGCCAGUUAGCGGAGGUUUCCUGUCUUUCAACGACUCCUCGAUCGGGCCGGACACUUUUUGGGAUGCUGUGAGUGCAUUCCACGACAAGCUUCCAAGCCUUGUCGACGGCACGGGUGCCUCAGUCCUUCAAUUCGCCAGCUACUUUGAUUUCUACGCGGCACAUUUCGGCCCCUUGUCAUAUGGCGCAUUCCCCAUAUCUGCCAUGAUCACGAGCAGGUUGAUACCGCGGCGUGAUAUGGCUGACGGCUCUGAGGCCAUUCAUCACGCCUUACGUAGCAGCGUUGAAAGCGGUCGCUUUUAUCUGGGCUGCCUAGGUUUCGACGCGAGCUUGGCCUCGCGGGCGGCGACACCAGGAAAUGCCGUCCUCCCAGCCUGGCAGGAGGCCCUAGCACAUUGUAUGGUUAUGGCUCCCUGGGACUGGACGAAACCGUACACUGAGAUGGCCACGUACCAAGAUGAAGUCGCCGACGUCAUCAUGCCAGCUCUCGAAGCCGCGACGCCUGGUUCGGGAACAUAUUCGAAUGAAGGCAACUUCCAACAGAAGGACUGGCAGCGUCAGUUUUACGGAGAAAAUUACGAGAAGUUGCUUGCCGUAAAGGAGAGGUAUGAUCCCGAAGGCUUAUUCUACGUUACGACGGGUGUGGGUAGUGAGGCAUGGGAAGCUGAUGGCGAGGGUCGGAUUUGCCCUGUCAAGACGCACGAAGGUCCCGGCAAGGAUGAACUUUGA